AUGAUAUUAAAACGUCGAGACGGAGGGGGAGGGUUUCAAGAUGUAAUUUCUCGGCAAGCCGACGACGACGACGAGGAUAGUUACGUUCCGUAUGACCAGCGACCGGAAACCUACAUCGUACCUGUAGUAUUUAUAUUAAUUCUGGUGGUGGGAGUAACUGGAAACGGAAUUCUCGUGCUCACCCUGCUGCGUCACGCCAACAUGAGAAAUAUCCCGAACACUUACGUCCUCUCUUUGGCUUUGGGGGACCUUCUGGUAAUCGUGACGUGUGUGCCGUUCACGUCGAUCCUCUACACGAUCGAGUCGUGGCCGUGGGGCCUGGCAGUUUGCAAAUUAUCGGAGUGCGCCAAGGAUAUUUCGAUCGGUGUCUCAGUUUUCACUCUGACCGCGUUAUCGGCCGAGAGGUACUUCGCUAUCGUGAACCCCAUUCGUCGACACAUCGCCGGAUUGGGCGCGAAACCGUUAACGAUACUAACAGCAUCCCUCAUUUGGGUGCUGGCCAUUAUUCUAGCGAUACCAGCAGCUCUUUUCUCUCACGUUCCCACCGUGGCAUUACGGGACAACCACAGCAUCGUGAUUUGCAGUCCUUUUCCUAAAGAAUUCGGCGAGAGCUAUCAAAGGGGGAUGGUGCUAUUCAAGUUUCUAGCGUACUAUGCGAUACCGCUCUGCGUGAUAGCUGGAUUCUAUCUAGGAAUGGCACGACAUCUUGAACUUUCCACGAGAAACAUGCCUGGAGAGUUGUCCACCGGGGGUCAUCGUAUGGAACAGAUCCAAGCACGGAAAAAAGUAGGGAAGAUGGUGAUCUCCUUCGUGUACAUCUUCGUCAUCUGCUUCCUACCGUACCACGUCUUCAUGCUGUGGUUCCACUUUUGCCCAACAUCCAGGGAUGAUUUCGAUGACUUCUGGCACGCCUUUAGGAUUCUUGGCUUCUGCCUGAGCUUCGUCAACAGCUGCGUAAAUCCCAUAGCUCUGUACUUCGUUAGCGGAACCUUCCGCAAGAGAUUCAACGAAUAUCUCUGCUGUCAUCUGACAAGGAGAAGCUUGAGCGUCUGUCGAACGGAAACCACGGGCAGCUUGGAGAGAAACGGAAAUCGUCUGACGCAAAAGAGACGCGCAGGCGGCCACGGAGGCCAUAACGAAACCAGUUUCGGCUCCACGUUCCGAAGGCACACUCAGGAAUUAAAUUCGACCGCGGUUUUCGAGCUGGGAAGCGAAGAGACUACAAGACCUACCUGUGAUUUAGGUUGCAAGUAA